AUGGCGGCCGGAUAUAACCUUUUUGAUGUUACAGAUGAUGAAUAUGGAAAUGAACAUAAUGUAGUAACAAAAUACGCACAGAAAUUCAACUUUACAUUAAAUAUUUACCCAAAUGAUUCUCUAUCUUAUACAUACGGCAAUAUAUAUUCUAACUGGACGGGUUAUGGGAUACUAAAUGGUUUGAUAAUAGAAGAUGAUGAAUAUACCGAUUUAAUUUACGGAGGAAGCGUUUUCUUGCCACACGUGGAUAACCUCAGAAGUGUUAGAUACACUUAUGAAGUUUCUGUACCUCUACCAAAGUUAAAAUAUGGCUGGUUUAUGUUCGCAGAAGUAUUCGAAGUUUAUUCAUGGCUUGCAAUCAUUUUAAUCUUUCUCUCAGCUAGAUUAUUAGUUUAUCUACGCAGACAACUACAAAUUUUGAAGCAUCCCAACAAAACCCACAGCAAAUCAGAACUUAGCAAUAUCAAAAUGUAUGGAUUCUUCAUCAAUCAACCCGGGACACUCACCGAGGAUGUCCAGAACAGCAUAUUUUUAAAAAUCAUCGUCAUUUUGAUACUUUUCUCGAGUGUUUUGCUUGUUACAGCUUACAAUUCACGUUUAUCUAGUGUAGUUGUAGCUCCAGUCUACGAAAAUGACAUCAAUACUCUUGAUGAACUCGCUGAUAGUUCCCUACGACUGUUAUUCUUCGAUGCUUACUAUGAUAUACUCAGCAAAGACAAGAGAAAAGUUUAUAAAACGUUAUACGACAAAAUUUACUUAAUACCAAAUAAUACUGAUUUUGAACUGUCGAAAAGAUUGCUCUACAGUGGGAAAUAUGCGGUUGCAAGAUAUCGAAGAGUAACUGGAGGAUACUACGAAUUUGAAGAACAUUUAAUACAAAUGCACGGCAGAUAUAAACCUAUAACACCUAUGUUAUUCACGAAUUACUAUUACUUUACAAUACGUAAAAACUCAAUGCAUACAAUGGAACUUGGUAAAAUCGUGGAAAAUGCAUUCGAAGCGGGUUUGUUGGAGUUUUGGGAAGCUGAUUGUUUAAGAGCGAUUGGAGAAAUGACUUUCCAACAGAAAAUAAAAUAUUACAAAGAGGGAAAUGUCAAUAUUGACUUAAACAUGAAUCAUUUGAAAGGGUGUUUUGGUUUUUGGAUGAUUGGCAUGGGUAUUUCACUAGGUGUCUUUCUAAAAGAGAUCUCCACAAGGAUAUUAAGCAAUAAAACGCAGAUCAUUGCAUAUAACAAUUGA